CGGCGGCGGCGGCAGGAGGAGGAGGAGGAGGAAGAUGGUGGCAGCGGGAGGAACGGCUGGCUGCCGGGCUUUCCGCCCUGCGCUGCGCUGCCACCCGCGCCGGAGCCGCCCUGCCUGCUGAGGAGGAGGCGGCGGCGCGGACCCGCACCAGCUGUGAUAGACAAAAUGUCAAUAGAAUAAGUGACCUACCCACCAGAACUUGCCAUGAACCAUUUGGUUGGACCGCCUGAGGGGGAGGUAAGUGAAGAGCCAGCAAAAGGAGCAGUGAACGAGUCAGUGGAGGCUGACCUGGAGCACUCAGAGGUGGAAGAGGAACAGAGGUAUGCAACUCGCUACUCAAGGCAUACAAACAGCAGCCAAGGGGGCCUGUCUGGGCAGGAGGAGGAAGGCAUGUUAGCUCGGUCAGCCAGCACUGAGAGUGGUUUCCACAAUCACACGGAUACUGCAGAAGGGGAUGUGAUAGCCACAGUGGAGGACAGUUAUGACACAGAGAGAGUUCAGGAACAUGAGGAUGAGAGCGCAUAUGCGGUGCAGUACAGGCCUGAGUCUGAGGAGUACACGGAGAAUGCUGAGGCUGAGCAUGGCGAGGCCAUUCAUAAUCGAACAUUGCCCAAUCACUUACAUUUCCAUUCCAUUGAACACGAGGAAGCCAUGAAUGCAGCCUACUCAGGUUAUGUCUACACACAUCGGCUCUUCCACCGAGGAGAAGAUGAACAGUAUGCUGAGCCUUAUGCCGACUACGGACUGCAGGAACAUGUGUAUGAGGAGAUAGGAGAUACACCAGACCUCGAUGUUAGGGAGGGGAUCCAACAGUAUGAGCGGGAAAGGGAGGAAGAUGACAAUUACCGCAAGGAGGCACUUGGUGCCCGCCUUCACCAUUAUGAUGAACGGUCUGAUGGAGAGUCUGACAGCCCUGAGAAGGAGGCAGAGUUUGCACCCUACCCAAGAAUGGAUAGUUACGAACAAGAGGAGGACAUUGAUCAGAUUGUAGCAGAGGUGAAGCAGAGCAUGAGCUCCCAGAGCUUAGACAAGGCAGCUGAAGACAUGCCAGAGGCAGAGCAGAGUUUGGAGCAUGGUCAUGCUCUUGCCGGUGGUGGGCAUGAAAGUAAUGGCCAGCUCCCAGCUGGUUCUCGAGUUACAUCCAGCUCAGGAGAAUCUGUACAGAGGUACAGCAAGGAAAAGAGAGAUGCAAUUUCACUGGCCAUCAAGGAUAUUAAAGAGGCUAUUGAGGAAGUGAAGACAAGGACCAUCCGUUCUCCUUAUACCCCUGAUGAACCUAAGGAGCCUAUCUGGGUCAUGAGGCAGGACAUCAGUCCAACCAGGGACUCUGACGACCAGAGGCCACUAGAUGGAGAUUCUCCAUCUCCAGAUUCCUCUUCACCUCGGGGUGCUGAAUCGUCAAGUAGGCAACAUCACCAGGAUGUCUGCAGUACAGCAGAGGCCACCACUAAUAAAGAGUCCAGAAAAAGCUUGGCUUCAUUUCCAACCUAUGUUGAAGUUCCUGGACCUUGUGAUCCUGAAGACUUAAUCGAUGGAAUAAUUUUUGCUGCCAAUUACCUUGGCUCGACUCAACUCCUUUCUGACAAAACUCCCUCCAAGAAUGUGAGAAUGAUGCAGGCUCAGGAAGCUGUCAGCAGGAUCAAGAUGGCCCAGAAAUUAGCCAAAAGCAGGAAGAAGGCUCCAGAAGGUGAAUCUCAACCCAUGACUGAAGUGGACCUCUUCAUUUCUACACAGAGAAUAAAAGUACUGAAUGCAGACACACAGGAAACCAUGAUGGAUCAUCCCCUGCGGACCAUUUCUUACAUUGCAGAUAUAGGAAAUAUAGUUGUUUUGAUGGCUCGUAGACGAAUGCCACGGUCUAACUCCCAGGAUAAUGUAGAAGCAUCUCACCCUUCCCAAGAUGGAAAGAGACAGUACAAAAUGAUUUGCCAUGUCUUUGAGUCUGAGGAUGCACAGCUGAUUGCACAGUCCAUAGGUCAAGCAUUUAGUGUGGCCUACCAAGAAUUUCUGAGGGCAAAUGGAAUCAACCCAGAAGACCUUAGCCAGAAGGAAUAUAGUGACUUGCUCAAUACCCAGGACAUGUACAAUGAUGAUCUGAUUCACUUCUCCAAAUCUGAAAACUGCAAAGAUGUUUACAUUGAAAAGCAAAAGGGAGAAAUCCUAGGUGUAGUAAUUGUGGAGUCUGGCUGGGGAUCCAUUUUGCCUACAGUUAUCAUAGCCAACAUGAUGCAUGGAGGACCAGCAGAGAAGUCUGGGAAACUGAACAUAGGGGACCAGAUCAUGUCAAUCAAUGGGACCAGUUUGGUUGGUUUACCACUCUCAACAUGUCAGAGCAUUAUAAAGGGUUUGAAAAACCAGGCCCGGGUUAAACUGAACAUAGUUAGGUGUCCUCCAGUAACCACAGUCUUGAUCAGGAGACCGGACCUCAGAUAUCAGUUGGGCUUCAGUGUGCAGAAUGGGAUUAUCUGUAGCCUUAUGAGAGGAGGUAUAGCAGAGCGAGGAGGUGUGCGUGUCGGCCAUCGGAUCAUUGAAAUCAAUGGACAGAGUGUUGUAGCAACUCCCCAUGAGAAAAUUGUUCACAUUCUCUCAAAUGCUGUUGGUGAGAUUCAUAUGAAGACUAUGCCAGCUGCCAUGUACAGGCUGUUGACUGCGCAAGAGCAACCAGUUUACAUCUAAAGCCGACACCUCACCGUCACAAUGUGCAUGGAGGAUGUUUUUCCUCACCAGUGCUUGUCUCUCUAGUGCUGCAUUUCUGUGUCUGAAGAGACAUUUCUUUCUCUCUCUCUCUCCUUCACAGACACAAACAUGUUGUCUUUCUCUCCUCCCUCCCUUUUUCCUCUUCUCCCUACCAUUUUCCUGUAUUUUGGGAAGGGGCAAAAUACAUCUAUGGGACUAUUUCAGUUGCAUCUUUUUACAAGUGAAACGUCAUGCACUUCCACAUGCAAAACAGGAAAAUAACAGCAGCUUUAUUCACAGCAGGACUGACAGAGAAGAUUGACUCUGCUUCAUGCUGCAUAACCAGUUUUAUUUUUGUAGCUGUAAUUUGACAAACUGAGUAAAUUAAAUGUUGCUGAAUGAAAGAUGUCUUUACCAAACAGAUAAAACUAUAGGGUGCAAAGUGUUCUCUUGGAUAUCCUGCAUGUGACUUUGCUUUUCUUGCCCUAUUUUCCCACAGGCACUGAGCUCAGUAUUAAAAGUUUAUGUCUGUAGGGAAAGUAGAAUACCAAAAGGAUAGUUUUGCCCUCAGGAAGAAUUACCUGCUUAUGAAAACUCAGUAAAUGCUGCUGUUGUAAAAUGGUCUGUCCAAAUACACACCUUUUAAUUCCCCUCUGUCAUCAGUUCUUCAUGGUAGUAGGACCCCAAAAGGUACUCUGUGAGUUGCUGAAACAUGUUACACUUGCAUUACUUACACUAAGUAAUUCGGGAGGCAUUUUUUACAGCUGCCUCCCCCUCUCUGCCCCAGGUUUCUAAUUCUUUGUUUUCUUCUACUUUGUUUUUAAAUGCAACAUGUCUUUUAUAGUCCCUUUCCUGUUUUAGAGGUUAAAGGAGGGGGGGAAGAUCUUUAAAUAUCUACAAGAGAAAUAGCGAGGGGCUUUCCUGAAUAGCUACACUUUUUCUAGGCUCUUUAUUCUGAAUUUGGUGCACACAGCCAUGUGUGCUGAUGUAUAUAGACAUUUUUAAAAUUGUGCUUGCUAUUUAUGAAGUUUGAAUAUAAGAGAUCUGCAGACUAUUCUAAGUAAUUUUGUUCUCUGAGCCAGUUUUAACAUAUAUUUUUGUCCAAAGACCUGUCUAAUUUUAUUGAUUUUCUCUUUAGUUCAUGAUAUAGAUAACAGUGGGAGGGAUGAGGUGGGAAUAAACUUAUUUAUUUUGUUAUGUAAUUUAACUUGUGAUUUUUUUCCAUAUCUAUGGCACUUAAAGGAGAUACGCGUGUACUAUAUGCACUUGUAUGAAGAUGAUAAACUGUAGGGAUGUAUGAAAUCUAGGAUUUGAUUGGCCUCUAACUUGCAUGCUAGACACAGAAGGGGAAAAAGGGGCUGGGUUGGUUGGGGUUUUUUUAAGGGGUGGGGUGGGCGGGAGAAGCAGUGGUUUUUCUUCCUAGUGAGAGGAAAAUUCUCCAUUCUCUGUAGUUACUUUUUAUCAGGACUGUAUACUGGUGUUUAUGCUGAAAUUGAACCAUGCAUUUAGUGCAGGCUAAUACAUUGGUUUCUUUUAAAGAAACAGUUUUUGCUGUGUUUUACUGUGAUAGAAAGGCUCAGUGAGAUCAAAACAAGAGCAGGCCACACACAGCCACUCACUACUUCUGCUUUGCAAAUGUGCUGUUGGUCAUAGUCACUUGUUUCUCAAUUAUUGUGGGGUGGACUGUGCAAUGUAAGUGUUGUUUGCAGUCCCAUAAUGAUACCUAGACAUUACUACGGAGAUUCAUGGAAGUGGAUGUGUGUGUGUGUACAUGCAUAUGCACACUUGGUGCAAACACUGCUGAGAGCCAUUCAGCUCUCUUACCAGAGGUCCAUUUUUGGCUUUCAGAAAUCAUGGAUAUCCAUGGGCUGAUCAGAGGUAGAGAAUAAACUUUGUAUUUCAGUGGGCAGUAAAUACAUAAGGGAGAUAAUGAAGUGGUGCAUAAACUAUUGUAGUAAGUGAAUAUGUUUUAGUGUUGAGAUUAAUGUAUGAUGACUUGAUUUUACUUGUUGUUAUAUAAUUUAAUCCAAAUCUCCACAAUAGCAGAUUGCACAAGAGAGCGGUUUUAGUAUUCCAGGUUAGUACUUACCUCUGCUACCUGACUGAUGCAACUAGAUAGUGAAUGACUUGUGGGUAUAUUGUUUAACUGUAGACAUCUGGUUUAUGAUAAUUUGAACUUUUUUCCAGAACUUUCCAUAUAUAUAGUAAUAUAUGUAAAUAUGCUAUAUAACCAUGUACAAUUUAGAAGAUUAUAUACAGUGCAGCCUUUCCAUAAGUUGCCUGAGGAAACUUGGUGAACUCUUGAAGACACAGUUAUCAUGCUUCUGGUUCCUGCUAUGUUUACAUCUUCAGCUUCACUUGUUUCUGUGGUUCUGGCCGGCUCAUGUGGUGGGGUCUUUAACUCACUUCACUGGGAAAUGAUGAUGACCUGAACAUGCAAAUGUAUUUAGAGAUGAAACAACUGUUUCUUUGAAAAUCUUGCAGCCAAGAUUCUGUGAAGUUAUGGCACUUGAGUGCUUGAACAGUUUAUGGUAAAUAUGUGCUUACCAUUAAGCAAGUGAAUGCUCAUAGGAUCAGAGUCUAGCAGAAAAUCUCAGUUUUUCCAAUUACAGUGUGUGCGUAAGAUUUCCAAACUGGGAGGUCCAUAGAAUGUGCACACUUCCGAUAACAGUCUUGUAAACAAUACCAUUUUACUUUGUAAAGGGAGUUUCAAGAAAAAGGAGCUUGAAAGGGCAAGCUGGCAGUUCUCUAGACUGUUGCAGCAGUUAGUUAGAUUAGAUAUGUGAUUUUUUAACAGAUUCAAAGGAACAAACUGCUGGUUUACAUUCCUUCUUCAGUGACAAGCCUGAAUUCUUUUUCAUCCUUGCUGCUUCAUACAGUCUAAUUAACUCUUCAGUGUUUACAUUAAGGAUGAAACAUCCCUUAUAUUCUUUUUAUUGGCAAGUUUCACACGUUUGUUUUGAAUCUUUUUUGAAUUUGAGACUCAGUUGGGAUUUCCAGGUUUGCUUGCUUUCCUUGUUUUCUAAAUGAAAUGUGUUUCUGAAGACAGCAAUGUGGAUGAGAUCUCUUGUACAUAUUUAGCGCAGUACCUAGACUAUGAAGUUGUACUAUUGUUCUGUAAAGAGGGUGAAUAGAAAUAAUUGUAAAGCGUUGGGAAAAGUAUAGUAUUGUAUUUGUAACAAUAUUGUUCUUUGUAAACAUUUAAUGAUCUCUAUAUAUAAAUAUAAAUAUAUAUAUAAAUAUAUGUGAGCCUGGAAUGUUGAUACUGCACAUCUACUGAAUGUAAUUCCUCUGAUGUUUUUUGCCACAGGUCUCUAACCUCUGUAAUGAAGCUGCAGUGGUUUGAUUUGGGUGGGGGGCCGGGGGGGAGAGGAGUGGGCUUUUUGGUUUGGGUGGGGCAGGGUGGGGGGUUUCUGGCCAGCUGUUCUGUUGUGAUGUAUUUACUGUGCUACAUUCCUUUAUUUAACAGAGCGCUAAUGUCUGUAAGAUUUGCAACAAUAAAAUACAAAACAAAAAUA